AUGCCACUGCACCAGGCCUCGCCCAACCCCCCGUCCGUCACCGGUACUACUGCAUCCCCAUCGCACGUUUCCUGCCCUGCAGCGCACACCGCGCACUACGAGCUGGCCCGCGCACCCUCCGCCGUGCCCCGCCCGCCAGCCACACGGACGCACGGAGCGCAUAUGGCAACCCCAUCGCUAUAUUUGGCCGCUUCGCGCGAGUCCCGAGCGCGCGUCGACCAAACCAGGGGAUCGUCAUUUCCACCCUGCCCUCCGCCAAGCCAGGAAGCCCGCAUCAGAUCGCCGCACGAGGACUGCUCCCGCCGCCUCCCUCUGAACCCUGCCCUCCCUCGCUCGUCGCCCCAUCCCCGACUCAUCCCCGCUCCUUGCCCCAUUCCAUCCCACGCACCCCGACGCCCCCUUGUCCUUCGCGCCUCAUCACUGCCCCCCUGCCCAACACAUCGCCCACCCGCCUUCCUCACUAGCACUAGCCCAAACUUUCCGUGGCCUCUGAUCAUCACCUCCCUCACAGCAUCCGAAUCUCCUGCCUCCUCCAGCCGGGCGCUCUCCCCCUCCCCCUUCGGGCCAUUUGUCAUCACGCCCGACCAACACUGUCACGGCCCCCCCAAUACGGGCCCGGUGCGCAGCUUCCUCUCUUAG